GGGCCCUUUUCCACUCUAUGACCCCACUGUCGCCGGAAGUCCAACAGUAGCUGGUUUUUCGCCGUAGAAAUGGUCAGGUUUAAAAACAGAUACUUCCUUUGCGAGAUCAUCUCCGAGGACCCUCGUUGUCUGCAGCUUAUCGAGGAGCGCACGGUGCACAACACAGUGAAAAAUGCUGUUGCACGAAUUCAUGGAGACUUUGGACUAGCCUGCUGCUCCAUUGCUUUUUCAGUAAAGUACCUCAAUGCUUACACAGGAGUUGUUCUGUUGUGUUGCCGGAAGGACUUUUAUCGGUUACUUGGUUCAUCUCUUCCCUUCAUCAGUCACUUGGAGAACAAAAAUCAGUGUUAUCCCUGUUCCUUUAACACGCUAUAUGUUGGAGCUACAAUACGGAGGUGUCAGAAAUUCCUAAUCCAGUACAACAAGGACCAGCUGCUCCUGCUGCUACGCAAUUGCUCCAAUGAAGCAGACAGACAAGCCAUCCAGAAGUCGAUGCAGAGCUGUGCACUUGUGGGAGAGCAGCAGUUUCAGAGUCACGAUGAAGACAGUGAUGUUAGCACAGAGAUUGCCUGAACAAAGCAGCAGUCUGGGGACAAGA